UGAAAAAUUUAUAUAGAGGAAGAAAGAAAACGUUGAAAACAUAAGAUAUAUCAAGUGAUUCUUUGGAGUUUCUUUUGUUGAAAAAAUGGAGAUAAAAAUGGAGGCAAUAGGCAGUGGAGGUAAUAAAGAAACAGAACCCAUCUUAGGGCUGGUUAGUGAAAUCAGAAGGACUUUGAUGAGGGCAUGGACUGAGCGGUGGUCUGAAGUACAAUUUGGUGUACAGUUAAAACGUAUUUUAGCCAGUCAUUCUGAUGAAGAUGUUGAUUUGGCGGAAAUCCUGUUACAGUUGGCACUAGUUGGAAGCAGUCCAAAAUCUCUAUUAUUGGAUUAUUUAAAACAUAUUGUUCUGUCACAGGUAGUACCACACAGUGUAAUGUUUAAACAUAUCUCCACUUAUGAUGAUCUUAGUAAACCUUACUGUAUCAUGGCUUUAAUAGACUUAGCUGAAACAUUUGCCACCAAAAUAAGUUUCAGCUAUGGAAUGGACAGUUCUCUACAGAUGUGUAAGUCAUUAUUAAUGCUAGUUCAUUGGCUGUUAAAUCAUGUGUAUAGAUGCCUACAGAAAACACAGGAGGGAAAAUCUACACCAGAAAUCCCCAGUAUUAUUGAUAGAGCCAGUUCUGCUAUACAGAAAACAGUUGAUAAGAAAACAGUGUGUACGUUAUUACAGAUAGCACGGGCUGAGACUGCAGAUAAAUAUCGUGAAUUUGAACAAUGUGAAGUAAACGUACGAGGAACACUGUCUCAGUUAUCACAGUCAACUGGUAUUUUACCAUCAACUACGGUAGAGAAAGUCUCAGAUAUGUUGACAUCACUGGCUCAAUUACAAGAUAUGACGUUACCAUGUGAACAUGAAGAAGGUCCACUUAAAUUAAAACUCAGUUCUACAGUAAAUACUCUAGUAGGACUAGAAGCUGUGUUAAAUGCUACUAAUCAGUUACAGCCAUUUGUAGAUCAGACAUUGGUGUUAGCUCGACUAACAUCGUUUGAGAAGCUAUCGUGGCCAGAAUUGUAUGUUGAAAUAUUUAGAGCGUGUUUUAUGGGAGUGAUAGACACCCCAAAUGAUUCCCAUGAAGAGUUGAAAUGGGCUUCCUUUACAUUCCUCAAGAUACCACAGAUUAUACAGAAGUUACAAGUCCAUACUAUUGGUAGAGAUGUCACUGUUGAUUUGGAACAGAGUUUUGAGUUACUGUUAAACUAUCCUAAUUUAUUAGACUUAGCAGACGCCAAACAAAAGUGUGACUCAGUAGAACAAUUAAUACAAGGUUGUAUCAAACUAAAUUUACUCUCUGAUAGACAUAAACAAAGAAUCAUGCAGAAAAGAGACAACGAGAGAGGUCGAGCUUUAGAAAGAUCGUCCAGUCAAACUAACAGUAUAGUCAUUUUACGUGCCGAGGCUACAGUCCUCUCCAUUCUUAAGGUAGAGACAUUAGAUACAGACUAUCAGAAGAGCCAGGAACCAUUGUUAAGUGUUUUGUGUCAGAUGACGUCUGGCAAGAGUUUUGAGAUUAUAUUAGCAGCAGCAGCUUCUAUGGGGGAACUACAGAAUUUUUCUAUCAAACUGAUCAAAGUCAAUGAAUUUGCCCGUCAUUCUACAGGAGAAGGUGGAAAAGCUUCACAAACCAGAGCUUCACUGUUUGAUGUUACAUUUUUAAUGUUGUGUCAUAUUGUACAACACUAUGGUCUAGAGACAUUGCAGUCUAGACAUAAGUUAUGUCAUAUUGUACAACACUAUGGUCUAGAUGUAAUUUCUGUCAUUGUACAACACUAUGGUCUAGAGACAUUAACUUCAAACCAUAAAGAUACAUCAGAGACCUUUUUUGUUCAAUGGGCACAGAGAUGGUUUCCUGAGGAGGGCAAAUAUAAAAAUAUAGAAAACUGUAGUCCAUUAGAUCAAAAUAAAGUGGAACCAUUGAUGAAGCUAUUUUUAACUUCUGGAGAACUCAGAACUAGUCUAACACGAUGGCAUGAAGUUUGUUUAAAUACACCAUUUGCUAUACAAGAAAUUUUAUUUGCGUGGGAACAUGGUGCGAUAAAUAUUGAUCAGGUGAAGACAGUGCUGGACAAUGUAAAAAGUUGGAUGUGUUGUUUACCAGUAGUUGUUAGUUGUUGGUUGUGUUGUUAUAUUAAUACUGCGGACUAUGACCGACGUAUUAAACCAUUGUUCAUGUUAGAACAGUUAAUGACUAUUACUAAUCAAGCUGAAUCAACUCAACUCAAUGAUAGGUAUCAGUUUAUGAAAACAGUCAUUGAGCUACUAUCUCAAGAGGUUCUCCCAGCCAAUCACACUUAUCGUAACAUCAGUAAACAAUAUAUUCCAGCCAAUGAGCCUCCAGCUAUCAUAUUUAAACAAACUCUUCACAAUAUCUUCAGUAAAGGCUGGGUCAAUCUAAAAAGCCUGCAUACACUAGAACAGGUGUUAAAUCUGUGUGGCUGUGAUUGGUUUUGUGAUCAAAUUGUAAACCAUAUGUUAGAAACUAAUAAAACAGAUGAACUAUGUACUGCAGUUAGUCUCGUAUUUGCGUUAUUCCAUAUGGAUUUAGAAAACCUUACAUUAAGUUUAUUGGUAAAGACCCUACCAAGCAUCUUACAUUCAGCUGAUAGAACCCAUUUAAUGAUCGAUCCCCGAGGCUAUACGCUAGCUAGACUAGCUGUACUCUGUAUUACUGCCUCUAAUGUCAACAGAGGAGGACAAAAAGAGCCCUAUGUACGAGUUGGAAGGAAAAGAUCUAGAAUUGAAGUUGAUAUAGAGGAUAUUGAUGACAGUGAAGCCAGACCGUCUAAAAUAAGAAAAAUAAGUGAACCUCAAUUAACUUUACAUUCUGAAGAUUUUACUUUUGAUGACCUGAAUACAAGGGAAGAUGGUGAAGUUAUACCAACAUUUGAUACAAAAGAACCUUUAAAUAAAGCUCUAGUCAAUUUGUUUCGGCUAAUGAAUGCCAGUAUUCAUGAUCAACGUGUUACAACUAGAACCAGUUUUAUACGAUCCUUUAUAGAGGAAACUUUACGCUGUGGACCACAAUAUUAUAGAUUUAUUUUACAGUUUAUGCCUGCAAAUAUGCUGGCCCAGUUAAUGAAGACCAUGCCUGGUAUAUUUCAAAAUGAACAAAUCAUCCAUAUCUGUGACCUGUCUACACUUGGUGGUCGUAAACUAGCUGCUAAAGCUGUCUGUCACAAUUCUUAUUUAAAAGUCUGCUCAUAAAUAAAAACUUUUUGAUAAUG